GCCGCCAACGAAUCGAUCAAAAUGGAAGGCGUUCUCAUGACGCCGAAAAACGACGAGCGGCUCACCGCAAUUAUCGAUACGCUGAGAGCGAUUCAGCCGACGCCCCUCGCGGAGACGCGAGUCUUGUGUGCCGGCCGCGUCGACGCGGACGCGGCGUGGUUGCGCGAGCACGGUUACCUCGUCGAAAAUAUAGACGCGGACGGCGUCCGCGCUCAGCUGAUCACGCCGCCAGGCCCGUUGGAACAAGGCACCCUCGUCGCGUUCCACGGCGGUGGUUUCAUCGUCUGCUCGGCCGCGACGCACGCCAAGGCCUUUGGGCUCAUAGGCGCGGCCUCGCGACUGCGCGUGCUGAACGUCGACUAUCGGCUCGCGCCCGAGCACCGCUUUCCCGCGGCUCACGACGACUGCCUCCGCGCGACGCGCUGGGCCGCCCGCGCGCUGCACCGCGACGUCGUGUUGAUCGGCGACAGCGUGGGCGGCAACCUAUCCCUGUCGGUCGGCGCCCUUCUCAUCGGGGCGGACGUCACCGUCCGCGGCAUCGUCUCCAUUUCGCCGCUCACCGAUUUCACGCUGAGCUCGCCGUCGCUGACGACGCGCCGCGCGCGAGACCCGUUCACGUACUGCGCCGGGUUGCCGGAGCUGCGCCAAAUGUACCUCGGCGACGACGAGGCGCUUGCGCGCGACCCACGCGCGUCGCCCCUCUUCGCGGACGUUCGCGGGCUGGCGCCGACCCUCGUGCAAAUGGGCUCGGAGGAAAUCUGCUACGACGACGGCCUCCGCAUGGCGGGGAGGAUCCACGAGGCCGGCGGCCGCGUCCGCUUCGAGGAGUGGCAGGGCAUGUUCCACACCUGGCACCACUACGCGGGAGCACUCUCCGGCGCCGACGAGGCCAUCGAGGCCGUCGGCACGUGGGUCCGGGAUCGCAUCGGGGGACGCCAGGACCUCGACGGAGACGAGUACUACUUCAUGCUGGCCCGCGGCGCGUGUCGUGAUUAG